AUGAGUGCAGGAACAGAAAACAAAGAUAAACAGCUUUCGGCCGUUGAAGCUGAACUUUAUGAUAGACAAAUCAGGCUAUGGGGGAUAGAAUCUCAAGAAAAACUGAGAGCUGCUAAUGUUCUCCUCAUCAAUAUCAGAGCAUUGGGAUCAGAAAUUGCAAAAAAUAUACUGCUGUCUGGCAUCAAUUCACUAACAAUUCUGGAUGAUGGAAUGGUUACACAAGAUGAGCAAAGCAAAAAUUUCCUUCUAAACAGAGACAGUAUUGGAAAAAAGAUUGCUGAAGAGGUUCUUCUCAAAGCCCAGGCUCUGAAUCCUUUAGUCAAAAUAGUUGCAGAUACUGAUUCUCCAUCAUCUAAGGACCAGAGUUUCUACAAGAAUUUCACCAUUAUAGUCGCUACUUCCAUAAAAAGCGAUCUUCUCUUGAAAAUUGACAAAACUUGCAGAGCGAAUAAUGUGCAAUUAAUAUUUGGCGAUGUCUUUGGAACUUUUGGAUAUUGUGUUGCUGAUUUUCAAGAACACGAAUACCACGAGGAUCAAGUUCAACUUAGUGGCAAGAAAAGAAACCAUGAGGGUGUUGAAAAAACAACGGUCAAAGUGCAGGGUACUAUCAAUUAUCCGGAACUGAAUAAAGUUAUCAUCCUACCGAAUCGGAAACAAAAUGCAGAUUCCAUAAAGAAGAUGAAAAGAAGGAAUGAAUUAUUCUUCCUUAUGUUAGCUUUAAUCGAAUUCAGAAAUAAACACAAUAGGAAUCCGUCAGACGCAUCCAGAAAAGUGGAUCUCAAAGCACUCCAGAGUAUUAAAAAAGAUAUCUUCGAACUCUAUCAAGUGGAUGAAUCGAAAUCUAAACUAUCUGAAGAUAUUUUCGGGAUAGUUUUUGGCGAAGUUGUACCAGUAUGUGCUGUUUUGGGAGGAAUCAUCUCACAAGAAGUGAUCAAAGCAGUUUCACACAAAGAAGUACCUAUCAAUAAUGUGUUUUUGUUCGAUCCCGUUACUUACGAUGGAAAAGAAGAAACUAUAGGGGCAUAA